AUGCCUAAUCUAUCUAUCUAUCUAUCACAGUCUCUUCAUAUCACUCUCUUCAUAUCACUCUCUUCAUAUCUAUCUAUCUAUCUAUCUAUCUAUCUAUCUAUCUAUCUAUCUAUCUAUCUCAGUCUCUUCAUAUCACUCUCUUCAUAUCUAUCUAUCUAUCUAUCUAUCUAUCUAUCUAUCUAUCUAUCUCUUCAUAUCACUCUCUUUAUAUCUAUCUAUCUAUCUAUCUAUCUAUCUAUCUAUCUAUCUAUCUAUCUCACUAAUUCUAUCUAUCUAUCUAUCUAUCUAUCUGUUGUGGAAUUACCUUUUGCUGUUGGACGUAUUUACGUUCUUUCUUUCUUUCUUUUCUAUAUUUUCUUUCUUUCUUUUCUACAUGUUCUUUUCUUCCUUCCUUCCUUCCUUCCUUCCUUUCUUUCUUUCUUUCUUCCUUUAUUAUUUCAUUUCUUAGUGCCUCCCUCCCUUUCUUUCUUUCUUUCUUUCUUUCUUUCUUUCUUUCUUUCUUUCUUUCUUUCUUUCUUUCUCCUCUUAUCUUCCUUUUUUUCUCUUCUUGCCUUCCUUCCUUCCUUCCUUCCUUCCUUCCUUCCUUCCUUCCUUCCUUCCUUCCUUCCAGGAGCUCUUAUUUUUCUUUCUUUCUUUCUUUCUUUCUUUCUUUCUUUCUUUCUUUCUUUCUUUCUUCAUAUCUUUGUUUUACACUUUUUUCUCGCUUCGUUUUCAUUCGCUCUCAUUUUUCAUUUUUCUUCUUAUUCCCCUCGAUUACCUUUGCUUCUGUCAUUCGCAAAUGGGGCGGAAUUAAUACGGAAUUAG